AUGUGCAUUCUGCUUUGGACAACCGCAUGUGCCAAUAAAGGAUAUCCUUUGAUACUACUCUCCAACCGAGAUGAGUUUUUACAACGCCCUACCCAAACCGCCGGCCCCUGGGAUAAGGAUACAUAUGGGGGGCGAGACUUAGCCCGACCCGAAAAUGGCACAUGGCUCGGGAUCACCCGACGUGGUCGGUUUGCUGGUCUUACCAACAUUCGCGAGGCAACCUCCAUCGCGGCCGUGGGAACCGCUAGUAGAGGGGCCGUUGUUUCGUCCUUUCUAACCUCUUCGGACAGCACUUGCCAAUCAUGGAUAGGCCUAGGGACUCAGGGCCCCAGCGCCGGUCUGGAUAUUGACCAAGUUGGGGGUUUCUCAAUGUUAUGCGGUCAAUUCUCUCGGGACCAACAAAACCGUGUCCAGAUUGACAGCCUUGGGGUGAUCUCAAAUCGGGCAGAGGGACAAAUACAUGAAAGAAAACACGAAAUCAUUGAUCCUACGAAACCGGGAACAUAUGGUCUCAGUAACUCCGCUUUCACAAACCCAUGGCCCAAGGUGGUCAAUGGCGAAACCCUUCUAAAUGAGCUCGUCGAAAAUAUCCAACAUGACAGGCUCACCGACCGCGAGAUAGCACAGAAGGGUUUCGAGAUCCUUACAUCCGAUUCAGUGAGCGAGGACGAGGCAUGGAAAGAUAUGCGUAACAGGUUGGAUCUUUUAAAACAGUCGGUGUUUAUACCAAUGUUCGAGACUCAAAGCUUCGUCAGUCCUAGCGAUGCAACUACAACUGGGCAAGACCACGCGUUGUCAGGGCUCUAUAAUUUCUAUGGUACCCAGAAACAGACCGUUAUAAUCGUUCACGAGUCGGGUGCCGUGAGAUAUGUGGAAAAAACACUCUUUGAUUGGCUGCAGGGAACUACCCAUGCGGCAAAUAACACAGUAGAUAUUAUCUUUGACCUUGAUCUUUGA